CUCCCGGCUGCAGCAUUCCCGCCAGUGUUUACUUCUCUCCCCUGAACGACCUCGUCCGUCUCAUAAAAUGUCUGCUUUACUCUCCAUCCAGAGACGAGCUGCCAACAGCUCACGCUCCUUAGCGUCCCGAGCUCGAUGGGCUAGCACCGACAGCAAGGACAAAUACAAAAUUGUCGUAGUAGGCGCUGGUUCAGGAGGGUUAACCGUCGCCAACCAGAUAUACAAUCGCUUCCGUGCAGCCGGUACACCCCUCAAUGAGGGUGACAUUGCGAUCGUGGACGCUGCCGAUUACCAUUAUUACCAACCUGGAUGGACGCUCGUCGGUUCCGGCCUCAAGCAGAAGACGGAAACCCGCAGACCCCUAAAAUCCCUUAUUCCUUCUCACCUUGCCCAUAUCUCAGAGACCGUCAAGGAAUUUUCUCCCUCCAAGUCUUCAAUUACUACGCAGUCCGGUCGUACUGUUUCAUACGAGUCGCUCAUCGUCGCUACUGGGCUGCAGAUCAACUGGGACAAUAUCUCCGGCUUAUCAAAGGCGCUCGCUGACUCUACAUCAGGCGUGUCUUCCAUUUACUCUUACGAGACAUGCGACAAAGUCUGGAGCGAUGUGGAGGCCCUAAGGUCGGGUAAGGCUGUCUUUACGCAACCUGCAGGAGUUGUCAAGUGCGCCGGAGCCCCACAGAAGAUCAUGUGGAUGGCAUGGGACAGAUACCAAAAGACUGGACGCGGCGACCAGAUUUCGGUCGACUUUUACACUGGCACGCCGACUAUGUUCGGUGUGAAGAAGUACUCCGACGAACUCGAGAAGCUGCGCGUUUCCCGCGGCGUUGGAGGCUACUUCCAGCACAACCUCGUCAGCGUUGACUCAGGCAACCAUAAAGCAACGUUCAAGAAGCCUGGCGGUUCGACCGUGGACGUCGACUAUACCCUCCUGCACGUCACGCCGCAGAUGGGCCCGCUCGAUGUCAUCAAGAAGUCCCCUCUUGCCGACGAGGCCGGCUGGGUGGCUGUGGACAAUGCGACACUGCAGCACACAAACCCGGAAUACAAGAACGUCUGGGCGAUCGGGGACUGCUCGAGCUUGCCGACAAGCAAGACCGCUGCUGCUAUUACCGCUCAGGCCCCGGUCCUUACUGAGAACCUCUACUCUGUUGUGAGCACUGGAAAAACUGCAAACGCUCAGUACGACGGCUACACCAGCUGCCCGCUGCUGACUGGGUACGGUCAGCUGAUGCUGGCAGAGUUCAAAUACGGACUCGAGCCCAAGGAAUCGUUGGCCCAGUACUUCGGUGACCAGGCGACGCCUAGGAGAGCAUUCUACCACCUCAAGAAGGACCUCUUCCCGUGGGCGUAUUGGAACCACAUGCUUAAGGGCAACUGGUACGGUUCGCAUGGCUUCUUCCGUCCUAAAUUCCCACCUAGCCAGCAAUAAACUGGCAUCUACCACAUCGCCACUGGAAUUAGGAAUCUUGGAUGCGCUAACAUGAUUCCGCCACUCAUGUAUGAGCAUGCACAAUGCUUGAUGUAGCCUAGAGUCAAAUGUAUUGGUUUGCAAAUCACCAUGUUU